AUGAGAUCCCUUCCGCAGCCCAGGUACUCAAGAAGGCGGACACUUCAGAGAAUAUUCAGGUCAGUAGUCAACCUAUUCAGUACAGGCUACGUUUCAGAUUCAUCUGCAUUUACACAUCAUACUGUACUUGACAGAUCCUCUCAUAAGACAAGGAUCAGAAGAUCGAGAGUUACUGGGCGUCCAACUCCGAGGCAUACCGUGGUGAGUAAACUUGGUAACAAGCUAGUUUCUGAAUUAAUUGAAGACGAAACCAUCAUUGCUAAUAUCGUCACGAAUGAAUUCGGGAGUUUUGCUACCAAGAUUGGACAUGGUGGUAUAACGGCUGCUAAUGAUGUAAACAGAAAUGCCAAAAAGGGUUGGCUCAGUCUGUGGAAGAGAGGCAAACAUGUAGAUUUAGGAAUUUUUUAG